AUGGGCUCACAUGCGGCCGAGCUUCCCCCUCGAGAAGAUGAAAUAACAGUUCUUGUCACCGGCUUUGGGCCUUUCAGAGCACAAUAUCCUAUCAAUCCUUCAUGGGAGAUUGCAAAGUCUCUUCCACCCUUCCUACCUGCCGCAAAGCCGGCCUCGACACAAUUAUCUACACUUGCAGAGUUACCGCCUGUUCGAAUACUUGUAUACCCGGAACCCGUCAGGGUCUCAUAUAAGGUCGUUAGAGAGUUGGUCCCUACUCUAUGGCAAGGUCGGAAAAUAGACUACGCAAUCCACAUUGGCAUGGCCUCGGGGCGUAAGUUUUACAGCGUAGAGAGGCGCGGACACCGAACUGGCUACAUGAUGAGAGAUGUUGAUAAUGAAUUUCUUGGUGACGCCGAAAGACGGAAAGAAGAACAGGAAAAAUGGAUCUGGCAUGGACUACCAGAAGAGCUGCUGAGUUCUGUAGAUGUCGAUGAUGUUUGGAGGAGGUGGAGAACUGCACUACCAGACGUCGAUGUUCGAGUGAGCGAAGACGCAGGCCGAUAUCUUUGCGACUUUAUAUAUUACUCAAGUCUGGCGUAUUUAACGAAAGAGGAAGAGGAAGAGCGGCGUGUGGUAUUCUUGCACGUACCAGUCAACAGUGACGAAACGGCUGUUAAUACCGGUACUGAAGUGGCGCUCGAGUUGAUACGAGCAUUGGUGCAGAGUGGGAGAAUGAAGAAGUUGGUACAAUCUUGA